CACUUUUUCUCCUACACCUACUUCAAUUGUUCCCAUAAGUCCUCUAACAGAGUCAGAAAACUUUCCAACUAAACACCGAUAAGACUUCAUACAACUUCACAAUACUCCAUACUGUAAUCAUCACAACAGCCAAGGCUAUCCAAAAGAAGAGAGUGACGGAGCUCCUAUUUGGCUGCCAGCUUUUUACCUUUCUCUUCACCACUUAAAACCUGAGACUUCCUGCUUUCCUGGGGUCAUGGAGAAAGUCCAAUACCUCACUCGCUCUGCUAUAAGAAGAGCUUCAACCAUUGAAAUGCCUCAACAAGCACGCCAAAAUCUUCAGAACCUAUUUAUAAAUUUCUGUCUCAUUUUAAUAUGUCUCUUAUUGAUCUGCAUCAUUGUGAUGCUUCUCUGAAGUUCUGCUGCAAUCUCCAGUGAUGCAACUUGUCACCAUCAGCUUAAAAUAUGUCAUCCCAUGAAGAGGGGGGAAAAAGUACUACAUAACAGACCACUUCCUAAGUAAAAGAAUUUCCUUUGAAAAGGUCAAGAUUCAGGACAAAACAAAUUUUUAGCAAAUGUAUUCACCCGUGGGAUUGUGUAAACAUGAAAAGAGCUUUAUCUUCAAAAAUUCAAAAUGACUGUAAGUGUGCAUAAUGUAACUGUUGAAUUCAGAAACUUACAGAGCUUCUAAGUUUCUAUCCCACAUCUUCUCUGAGGAUGAAGUAGCUUUAGUUUUGAAAUUGCACUGCUAACCAGUUCAUUUCACUUAUAAAGCAUUAGCUUCACUCUUGGGGGUAAAUAUAAUUUAUAUUGUACUGUAAAAGCCUCCGUGAUGUUUAUUAUUUUUCAGGUCUUCACCAAGUACCAAAAUAAUCAUUCAAAUGAAGAGUCAUCAUUUGAAAUAGCCUACUGAUUUCUCACAUCUGUUAUCUUAUUAUCUUCAGAACUCUUUGUAGUAACUCGCAUAACCUACAUUAUAAAAUAGAAAUUGUAUUAUUCUUUCUUUGUACUACACUAACAUUUUUUAAAGUUUAUGAGAACCAAGUAGGAAAAGUAGGGCCAUACUCUAACAUAAAUAAAAUUUCUCUUAACCAACUUUUUCAAAGAAUUACAGAAUUCUAGUAUAUGAAGACAAACCAUAAAUCCGUUCUCCGUAGUACAUUAUGAUCAGCAGACAAGAACUACUGGUUAACUUAACAGCUGACAGAAUGAUUAGCCAUAAUUACUAAUACACUAACAGAAGAGAGUCUAACCUAACUUCAGGCACUGUAGUUGAUCAUCUAUGUAAGUAACUUAAUCACACUAUGUCUUUGAAAUUAUGAAAUCUUAAGACUUUAGGAUGAUUUUAUAGAUUGUCUUCUAUUCUUAAGCUCAGCCUCAAUAUAGGCAAGAAGAAGAAUUUUAAAAA